CAUUCGAGCUGCGGGCGGCGCGGCCGUUGCCGCUGCCGAGAUGGAGACUAUGACGUUUCCCCGCUACAGCCCCGACGAUAUCAUCAGCUACCUCCGCAGCCACGUCCUCACCGGCGUCGAGGCACGCAGCCUCACCAAGGCAGACGUGUUCGGCAGCCCCAAGCCUGAAGUUUUACACAUGAUUUAUAUGAGAAUCCUGCAGAAGGUGUAUGCAAUCCGCCUGGAGCAUUUCUACAUGAUGCCGGUCAACAUUGACAUAAUGUAUCCACAGAUAUUUGAAGGCUUUCUACCUGUUUGUAACUUGUAUAUUCACAUGGAGCGCUUACUUCCAGCGUGCCGGAUUAAUGAUUUUCAAAUUGCUGAUGUUUUAAACCCAAAAACAAAGAGGACAGCUCGCUUCUUGAGCGGCCUUCUCAACUUUGUGAAUUUCAGAGAAAUCCGACGUGAAGUUUACUUGGAGUUACAACUGAACUAUAAAUCGGCUAUGGAGAAACACCAACAACUGGAGACUGCAAAUCGGGAGGCAUCAUUAAAGCUGGAGAAACUGAACACUGUUCCAGUUGAACAUCAAGAAGAGGUCAAGAAACUGACAGAGAACAUUCGAGAACUGGAGCAACUACUUAGGCAAGACUAUCGUCGGAAACAAACAGCUUUGCAAGAAGUAAUUUCGCAAAAGAAGUCAGAGAUCUCAGAGAGGACGCGGAAACUGAAUGAGCUUAAAGUGACAAUGGCCACUUUGAAAGAAGAACAAGAGCAGCUGAAAUCAAAAAUCGUGGAAAGUCCAGAGGAACUGAAAAAUUACAAAGAGCUGAUGAAGGAGACUGUUAAGAAACUCAAGAAAUCAAAGCAAGAAGUUAUUGAGAAAUAUGAAGUUUAUAGAGACCUAGUUGAGGUUCUACCAUCAUGCCUGGUGGAGGUGCAGUUAUAUCAAAAGAAGAUGGAAAGACAGGGAGCAAAUGUGGAGACACUGGCCAGUGUAUUAUCAGAGGCCAGAAAUCUGGAGGACCAGCUUGAGAGUGCUCAGAUAGAUCUGAAAAAGUUGAAGACAGAUGAAAUGUCCUUAAAGAGACUGGUCACUGCAAAACACGAGAAGCUGUCGACAGCUGAAAUAAGGAUAAAAAAGAAGCGUGAAGACGUCGAGCAAUAUAAGCAAACCAUAUUUGAGUAUUGUAACAAAAUUCAGGAGAAGAGGGGUGCUGUAUAUGAUAAAGUGACAGCCAUUCACAAAGAAAUCCAACAGACAAGGUUCAAAAUUCAGCAGCUGAAUGAGAAUGCUGAAAAAGAAGAAAUGAAAGCCAAGGAAAUAUAUCAAAAUCUGAAGGCUGCGUUGGAGAAGAAUCACGAUUCUCUCAUUAAGAUAGCAAAGAGUUAUGCAGCCUCAAGAGAAGAAAAAGUUGCUGAACUGAACAAGUGUCUGCUUAGAGUUCAGACUCCUGAAAGUAGUUCUUAGACCUGUCUUUGUUUGUAUUCCACUUCCAUUAUGCCUGUCUUCAUAUCUGAACUCAAGAGCUUGUGCUUUCUAUGGGAUGGAUAACUAUUCCAGGAACUAUAUAUAACUAUUCCAGGAGGAAGCCAACUUUCUCAAAAAACAAGUCGGAGCACAUUUGGCUUUCUAGGCAGAUCAUGAUGUUGUGAGCUUGCUAAUGUGGAUGAGAUCCACACUCUGUCUAGCCUAUUCGUAUUGCUUCAGUCAGUGCCUGAUUUUAGUGCUAAUAAUGCAGGUCUCGCUGACACCAAAUUACUUGAUAUUUAGACAAAAUCCUGCUUUUUAUAGAUACCGUGCUGCAGGCUUUGAUAUGGGAAGACUUGGUGCUUUGGUCUGGCCUGAAUGGAUGGUUCAAGAUAAAUCAGUAGUAGGUGAUAUUCCACUACCGUUAUUCAAUUAAGUUUAAAUCCUCUUAUAACAGUAGCAUCUGUGUAAAUGCCAGGUAACUCUCCUCACUAAUAUUGGUGACUGUAAACACUCAAAAGUAUCAUUUCAGUUAACAGCACCGUACCUCUGGAUACUCAAACUCAUUGUUCCUGUUCUGUGAAAUAUUAAACCCUAAUCUGUGUUUAUUUUUUAAUAAAUAUGUCUGUGUUUGGGUGCUUAGUUCUAUUAAAAAAAGACAUAGGUGAUUAUUUUGUAGCCUAACUUGUAAUGGCACUCAGUUUGCCAUGGUGUUUAUAAUUAAUUCCAGAAAUAAAAUGUUAAUUUAGAUAACAGUUGAUAUAAGAACAUUUAACCCUGUAUCUUUUAUGUCUUUACCCUCCUUGCUCUCCUGACUGAUUUGGUGCACCAUUCCGACUUGUGCAUGUUUGUAGGAACGUGUCUUUUUAUAGUGAAGGGAGGAGUGUUAAAGCCUGUAUAGAUAGUCUUUCUGGUUUGGUUUAACUGUUUAAGUUCUCUUACUAGCUAGAGGUGCUGGCAAGUCAGCCAGGAACAGCAAAUGAUCGUUGCUUCUAAAGGUCUUCUGAGACAUCAGGCCUUUGUCAUAUGUUGCUUUCAGGUAUUUUCUUACCUUGUAGCAUGUGGGGCAUUUCAAUGCAAGUCUGUGUUCAUAUCUUAACCUUGUACAAAACUUCUCAUAAAAUUUUCCCAUUUACACCAAAUACAGUCCCAUAGGGAUGCAUGUAACACAACUUUGUAUUUUCAAAUGAGUGUACUUAUCCCGGCAGUCCUGCAGUGUUGUGCAGCAGCAUCUGGUGUGAGACUCACCAAGGUCUAACUGCUGAGGUUCAUGAUUUUUUUCCAAGACCUAAAGAUGUUACACACAUGCAAGGCUCAGAAAAGUCCUUUACGGAUCUCAUGCUCUAGGCCACACACGGAAUAAUGAGUGAUAUAUUAUGCGUAUCGUGCUUUGAAAGUGAGUUUUUUAAUGAGUCUCUCCUUUUGUGCUGUAUGUCAAUGGAUGAAGUUCUUCAUGUGCAGGAGUGCUCCACUCCCUUUGCUGUACCAGAUUCUAGCGUGACGCAGAUAUGAUCUACAGGAAGAUGUUUCUUCUCAUUGGCAGUAUGUGCAAAUGAACUUGAUCUCUGUGCAAAACUGGGACAAUUUUUAGGCAUUUCUGGACUUAUGAUACUAUGAAGUUCUUGAAUAGAGACGGCAAGGCUUGGAUAGAGUUUUCUCUGAGUUUUCAUGAGGUAUCUGUGCUUCCCAUGUCAGUCUAGCUUAUAUUCCAUCUUGACAAGAGACUGGAAGCCAUGCAUUGUCCUUUUAGCUUUUCUGAGAAUUUUUGGGUGUGUUUGUGGGUUUUUUUGGAGAUGCAAUAAGGAUUCAAAGUAAACUCGUGUGACUUGAUAUUUCAUGAAUAUAGCAGUGGUAUCUGCUUUCUCAUAAAGACUGCUUUGGGGUUGUUCCACAGCCUGGCUAUUAGAACGACUUUCAGGAAAGAUUCCCAAAAGCUUCUAAUAGAUGCUGCAAGAGGUUACUCCAGCCAGCAGAUGAGUUUGAUGGGAUAAGAUUACCAUCCUUCAGGAAACUGCAUAUUAAAGGUCGAGAUUCCUUAGGCUAGAG